AUCGCGCAUGCGCAACAUGUGGCCGACUGACUGUCAUAUCGAUCAGUCAACAAUUGACAGUCGUGCUUGUUGAACAAUAACAAACUGCAGUAGGAAUGAUCCAGAACGAGGCGCAUCCGUAGCACGCGUAGCAAAUAAGACAUUUUAAUUUGUAGUCGUAGCUGUAGUAAUCUGUGUAGUUGUUUUCCUGCAUGUUCAGUAACUCCAACCGACGACGAAGUAGACGGACCGCAUAUUCUGUCCAUGCGUAAGUGUGUGUUGUGUGCGCGAGAAAGAGAGCGAAAUAAUCGCACUUGAGAGUUUCUCCGAACGGUGGCGCGCAUUUUCCUGCAGCGCGGCGCGCUAGAUUCGGGGGCAGGUCGGCGGCGGCGGUAUCGACACCUCCCGCGCCGGCGGCGCACACGCGCAGAGUCGUCGUCGCCGCGUUGCAGGUCGCAGCGCAGCGUUUUUGACGCGGAGGCACGUCGCCCCGCAAGUUCGCGACCAGCGCUGAGUCCGAUCAGCAGGAGCAACCCGACACACACACGCACACACUUUCUCUCUAUCGUCGCGAGUACGACACCUGAAAAAUCCGGCGAAAAGUGUUCGCACGCAAACAACUCCGUGGCAAAGCGCGUAGCACUCACCGAAUCAACUGACACACGUUUGUCAGCAAUCUCAAUAAUAUCAACAAGCAGAAAAACCCAAGCAGAAUAUAAAAAAAAACUUUAAAACUUUGAUUGGUAACGUCAGAAAGUUGUUAUAAUCUAAUUGUGAUUACGGUUAUGUCAGUGACCGAGUGACUGAGUGACUGACUGGGUGGCGGCUGAUUUUAUUCUUGGGCAAUGCUGCAAUGAGACUCUGGGCGAUCGCGAAGACGCAUUGACGAAUGCGCAAUGAAGAAGUUUACGAUCCGCAGCGUUUUGGACACCUUUCGGACGUCGGUGACGCAGCCGACGCGCACCGACCAGGAGGUCGUGCAGGAGACGCUCCGCCAGGAUAACUUUCAAGUGAAGAGGACAUUCCGUCAUGGAUUUCCGUUUCAACCGACGGCUGUCGCCUACGAUCCAAUCCAGAAACUGUUGGCGAUCGGCUCAAAAUGUGGCUCGCUUCGAAUAUUCGGACAGGCUGGUGUUGAUGUGCAUGUUCGACACGACAUGGAAGGCCCGCCGGGCAGUGUGGCCGUGAUGCAGAUCGUCUUCCUGGUCAACGAGGGCGCCCUCAUUACGGCCACCGCCGAAAAUACCAUGCAUUUGUGGAACUUUCGACAGAAGAUACCACAAGUUGUGCAGAGUCUUAAAUUUCAAAAAGAACGAAUAACGUGUAUGCACCUUCCUCUUCAGUCCAAAUGGCUGUAUGUUGGCACAGAGAGAGGCAACAUUCAUAUCGUGCACAUCGAAAGCUUCCAGCUUUCUGGUUACAUCAUCAAUUGGAAUAAAGUUAUUGAAUAUUCAAGGAAAACACACCCCGGUCCGGUUGUGCAUUUAAGUGAUAAUCCAUUAGACGCUAGCAAAUUGUUAAUAGGUUACGAAAGCGGGCAGGUCGUCCUCUGGGACAUGCGGAGCAAGGUCGCGGAAAUGCGGAUCCAGACGGCCGACCCAGUGCGAUCCAUCGCGUGGCACUACGAGGGUAAGCAGUUCAUGUGCUCGCACAACGACGGCUCCCUCACCACGUGGGCCGUCAAGACACUGAACAACAAGGAGAUUCACAUGUCGAGGCCUCAUGCUAAAGUUGGCAAAGAUGCCAAAAUUGAGCAAUGCAAGCCAAUACCAAAAGUCGAAUGGAAAUCUUCAAAAACAGGUGAAGCAUUUGUGAUAUUUUCCGGCGGUAUGCCCUAUGACCAAUCCGGUAGAACGCCCAGUAUAACAGUAGUGCAUAGUAAAACGACAACCGUAUUAGAAAUGGAGCAUCCAGUCAUAGAUUUUAUAACGUUAUGCGAAUCUCCUUACACUAGCGAUUUACAAGAACCGUACGCGAUUGUCGUGCUCCUGCAGAAUGAUCUUGUUGUGAUGGACCUACAAACAGCUGGGUUUCCUUGCCUCGAGAACCCUUAUCCGAUGGACAUCCAUGAGUCUCCAGUGACAUGCUGCAACUACCUGGCCGAUUGUCCUGCCGACCUUAUACCUGCUUUUUAUUCGGUGGGGAGGGCAGGCGCGGCAAAAAGGCAGGGUUUUUCAGAGAUGGACUGGCCCAUCUGUGGAGGCAAGUGGGCGUCGCCGUCUUGUAGUUACAGUGAAAUUAUUAUGACUGGGCAUGCUGAUGGCAGUGUUAAAUUCUGGGAUGCCAGUGCUGGUACUCUGCAGGUCCUCUACAAGUUGAAGUCGGCCAAAGUAUUUGAGAAGCCGAACAAGCGGUCGUUGGACAGCGACGAGGAACCGUUUGCUGUUCAGCUGAUCUCGUUGUGCCCCGAGUCCCGGAAGUUGGCCGUGGCAGGCGCGUCGAGUUAUGUUAUUCUCUUCACGUACAAUAAAAAGGAUGCGAACGACGAUGUCACCGUCCUGGAGAUUCCGAUUGUUUACGAAAAUCCGGAUGAAGGGGCUUGCUCGCCGGACAUGCAGAUAGACCUUUGUGAUUCUGACAAUAAGAAAGAACUAAAGGUUCGUACCGGAAAUCAAAAGAAACCAGCGGGAUUCCAAGCGCAGUUGGUUUGUAUCACACCAUGGAGCAAUGGAGAACCGCCCAGUCACAUCGCAGCGUUAACAAUUAAUAGUUCUUAUGGAUUAAUGGCUUAUGGUAAUGAUGCCGGCAUGGUAAUAAUCGACAUCGAGCAGAAAGUCUGUCUACUGAACAUUGGCAGUCCUGAUCUUUAUGGUGCUCAGGAUCCAUAUUCUCGGGCACCUAGGAGUCCUAAGCGAGGCGGAAAUGGUGACACUCUUCCCAUCGACCGAGACGACCGCCAUCCACGCAGUCCGAGCAUAGAUCAGAUCGCGUCGCCGGAUUCCCCACAAUCCCCCUUAUCAACUCCCACCACGCCACAUGCGCCACACUCUUUCGACACGGUCCCGCCCUUGGUGCUAGCCAUUGAAUCCAAAGACCGGAAGUUACCCGCCGACCUGGAUGAGGAAGACGAGGAACCGCAGAUACCGACAACCCAAUGCCGCCGGAAGUCCUCCGCUUGGAAGCCUCUCAAUAUCAAACGCCGACUGAGCAAGGUGGACCUCAAAAUCAAGUCGACAUUCUCCAGUGAUCGUAAGCGGGGGUCAGUGUUUCUGCCACGGCCCAGUUCGCCUCACAGCGACGAAUACAAUUCUGAUGACAAUACAAUUGUGGAGAAUGCCAUCUUCAACGUCCCCACUCCUUCAACAAACAACACUUCGAAUACGAGUACGAAUAGCAACAGCAAUAUGAACAGUUCCGAACAUUUGGACGAAGUUGCCGGUGUCCCGAGACCCACCCAAUUGAAUCUCAAUCAGGAAGAUGACCUGCCUUUGAAGCCGCCCCGGUUUCGGCGGAAAGAUCAAUUCCAGCGAUUGAUGUCAGUGCCGAAUAUUAAAUUACAACGAAAUGAUCUGAGCAAAUUGAGGGACUUGCGCGAAGCGGCCAAUCAUGUGUCGCCACCCGGCAUAGCCGCGGGAGCAAGUGGCUUAGCAGGAGGUGGUGGAACCGGAAAACCGGAACGCGAGAAAGACAAGGCGGAGCAUUCGUUUGCCGGCAACCUGAUGAGGCGUUUCAAUAAACUCGACAGUUCCUUUUCGCGCUCGCGCUCCAGCUCGAUGAGCUCCUUGGAGAACAUCACUUCUGAAGCCAUCCAAUGUUUGGCCUUUGCUGAUACUUACGCCAAAAGAAAUGAUCACAGUUAUCUUUCACCCACACUGUGGGUUGGUACCAGUCUGGGUUCAGUACUAACCGUGCUGAUAUCACCUCCAGACCCAGAUAGUAGAUCCUCUCAGCCGGUGGUGGUUAGCCUUGUUGGUGUGACCAUCUUCCGUUUGAAAGGCGCCAUCCGAAUGCUCUCAUUCUUGGAUGCGAGCGGCGACCUGAUCCCUUCAAGUUAUGAGAAGAGCAGAUCGCGUCCAUCGUCGGCCAGUCGCAACUCCAAUCGCAUGAGUCCCACGCUCGGCGAGAACAAUCGAGAAAAUUGUGACAAACAGUAUCUGGUUAUUGUCAGCGAGAAGCAGGCUCGGGUUGUGGGCCUACCAUCACAGAUCUGCAACUAUCGGCAACAGAUUGCUGAUUCUGAUUUUGUCGUCAAAGCUGAAACCGUCACCAUGCGUGAUUCGGUUUGUCUGUUGUGCUAUGUCUCCACCGGCCAUCUGCAAGUGUACAGCCUUCCUAGUCUAAGACCUCUAAUUGACGUGGACUUCCUGCCACUCUCCGAGCUCAGCUUCCAGACACAAUCUAAGAAAGGCAUUGUAGACCCAAUGUUAUCCAUAUGGGGACAACAACUCAUAGUAAACGAGGAUACGAACCAGAUUUCGAGGACAUUCUGCUUCAGUAAUCGAGGACACGGUUUAUACUUAUGUUCACCAUCUGAGCUUCAAAAAUACACGGUGGAUGCCGAGUUUUGCAAUACUAUUGGUGAAAUGGUGGGAGAGCUAUUCCUGGUUAUCGAUAUGCCCGAACCACCUAAAGAGAGUUUCUUUAAAGGACUAUUUGGAGGAGGUGUGCGACCUUUGGACCGAGAAGAAUUAUUUGGUGAAAAUAGUGGUAAAGCCGCGAAGCACGUGGCAAAACACAUCCCGGGGGCACUAGCGGAAAUGAACCAACAAGUAAAUCGUUCCACUAACGAGAUUAGUAACGCGCAUCGCCUCAUGGUAGAGCGUGGUCAAAAACUGGGGCAGCUGGAAGAUAGCGCCGAGCGAAUGGCAAACGAGGCCCAGGCCUUCUCGUCCGGCGCCCACGAACUGAUGCUCAAAUACAAGGAGAAGAAGUGGUAUCAGUUGUGAAGCGUUCAAACACGCACACUUGUUAUUGUACAGUAUGUCGCGCCAUUUUGAAGUCGUUCCGGGCGGGGGCGCCAUUUUGACGGAGUCAAACCUGUUAAUUAUACCCAGCACCGAUAGAGACUUUAUUCCGUAGUCAAUACAAAAACAUAAAAUUUACUAAUCAUAAUGUAAAAUGUAGAUCAUGGCGACGCACGCGCAUGCUGUAGCAAACUAUGACGUACUUAAAUGCGAAUUGUGAUAUAUAAAAAUGAACGAAAUGGUGAAAAAACAUAAUCUUCCUGAGUUUCCUAGUUGGGUAAACUAUCGUUUAGUUUAAACUGCACAUGGUUUAUGCACUAAUUUAUAAAAUUGAGAUUAGGUCUACCAGUUUACUAAAUAUUAUUGAAUCUUAUAAUAAUAUAGUUUUAACUUUGAAGAUCUUUAGACGUUGAUAUUGUAGCGAACGGCAUGUUGCAAUUGCAGAAACACAAAAUGGAAAUUAAAUCAGUGGGCGCAGAACGUUCAUUAUCACACUGACGAGAGUAUAUUCUUUGUAUUAAGAUUACCUGUUAAGAAUUAAAUGUAUUACUAAGACGACAUGUUUAUUUAGUCUAUUUAAAUAAUGAAUAAUGAUACAAAUAAUACAUGAGUAUCGAAAUAGUAGCAACAUGACUUGGAUUACACACGUAUUUAAAACUGUAGCAGAAACAUGAAAUGAAGCCUUGUUAACGCAUAGAAAUAUUAUUAAUGGACACUAAGCAUAAAACUAUCUAAAUAUCUGAAAAGACCACACUACUGAAUAUUGAUGAACGAACGCUGAAUCAAAGAUUCCAUCUAGAAAUUGAAACAAUUAACACACAUAUCUGGACAUUAGGACGCCAAACGAUGGCAUUUGUUUACCCUUUACCCAGAUAAAAGCGAAAUUUGAAAAUUGAAUAAAGAACAAUGCAACAUUUCUGAAAGAACUAAUAAAUAAUGAUAUAUUUGUACAUAUUUGUUUACUACGUACAUACACAUAAAUAUCUGACUAGAGUUUAAGCAUUUACGAGUAGCAAAUGAGAAAAAUGAGCAUCUAGAUAUUAGAAGCAGUUUAGGCAGGCAACAUAGUUGAACCAUAGUGAAGACGUUCGAAAUCAUGAAAAAGAUUAAAUUAAUACCUAAGAAAAUAAUACGCAGCUGUAUUGAUGCGUAAACUUGCAGAUUUAUAAUCAUGCAAAAACUAUAAACAUAAUAAAUUCUCACUCCUGCAUUGUGUACAAAAUUCUUUUUGUUAUCAAGUAUCUUCAAAUUGAUUUCAAACAUAUUUUGUACAUAGAAGUGAAAAUCAACGUGUCCUACUACUAACAUAAAAUGCUAAAUGAGUAUUUUGGGAGACAAUAAGCAAAGUGUUUCGUUUUCUUGUUUUAAAUUCUAAAUCAAUCAAAGUCUUUAUAAAGUUUUCAUACUAACGUUGAACUUCUUAAACUAUAAUUGUGAGUAAAGGAUGGGAUUUAAAAUUCGUCAGGAAGUCUGAUAUUUUGUGUAUGCCUUUCAAAAGCUGGAACCUGAUUUCACACAAUUGAUCAGUACAAUAUGUGCAUAUCAACAAAAAUGAAACUAUUUUACUAUAUCAACUUAUCAAAACUGUUGUAUUUUGUGUAGCUUAGUUAGCAAACAAAUAUAGUUUCCAACAAAUGCAACAAGCAGGAAAAUGUUACGAUAUAAUUACAUACAUUAAAUGUCACUUGCAACUAUAAAUAUCAAUCAAUGUGUAAAUGUUUUAAAAAGAUAACACACAAGCAGAACGGAUUGUUUAAGUUGUUUGGUUGUUCUUUGAUGUUGUUCAUUUGUCGUGCAACUAUUGUUAGUCUUCCUCAAGAGAAAGUACAUAGCAAACUAUAGUUAUUAUCUACAAGUGAUUGCCAAAGAUUAAUUAAUGUACUUACCGAAGACACGACGAGACACGUGUAAUUAUUAGAUCGAAAAUGAUCAAAUGUGAAACGUAUACAUAUAUUUGUUAUUAGAAUAUUAAUAAUUAUAUCUAUUACCACACGAAGUUACCUAAAAAAAAUGGAAUUAUAAUUUGUUUAUUACCUAUUUUAAAACUUAUCGGGCUUGAUGUCGAUAAGUAAAUAUAUUGUGAAACACAAACGGUUAGUGAAACAUAAUGAUUAAAACUACAUAUUAUAAACAAUGUUAUCUAAACAAUUAUAAUUAGAAUGAACAUAAAUUUUACUUGUGCGCCAUAUUUAAUGUCUAAUAUUAUGAGUUUAUUAAGAAUUACAAGCAAUCUCGACGAAUUUAUUAUUUGAUUUUGUUAUUGCGCUGUUUUCUGAAACGGAAUCAGGGAUGACAAAAAGAUUUAUCAGGUGCUUUGAUAAACUAGCAAUGACGGUAUUGAAUGUAAAGUCACGUUUUGUUUUAUUUGUCAAAUCUAGUUUAUCAUUCUUGAAACGGGUAUCAGUGUGAGUAUUUUAAUAAUUUGUUUACGUCACAAGAAUAAUAUUACCACUGUACAAAAUAGGGAUGAAAAUGAUUAAUAUGUUCUUGAUUAAUGUUAACUAAGUGAUGACAAAUAGCAAAACCGCAAACUAACAAACCGAAUAAAAGGAGUGGGAACAAAACAAAACAAAAAUGCUAUAAAGAAACAAAUUUCUAACGUUUUAGCAUCGCAUAUAUAAAUGUGCUUGCUCGUGGGCGAUGGGAAACAGUCACUUUGUUAAACAACACAAUAUUAUAUCUAACUUUAAUGAUGAGAUAUUCAAAACCAAAAAAAAAAAAUGAAAAACGACGAGUGAGAUUUGUCCGCCUGUCGAAUUAAUAAUUUAAACAUAAUAUUAACCGCAGCAAGACGCAUGAAAUAUAAUGCAAGUAGCCGUUAAGAUUUUAUUGUGAAAAAUGAUAAAACACAUGAUAAUACUGUACAUACUAGUCUAAACUAUGGAAUAACUAAUAUGAUAAACAUGAUGAUAUGAUAAUAUGAUGAUAUAUAAUAAUGACUUUAUAACAUUCCGAUUAGUUUUAGUUGACUUUACUAUGAUGAGAAAAAAGUUAGUUAGACUUCUUGAAUCUUCUUCUAAACGUCUUUCUCGAUAAAUUGUUCGAUUUCUAUAUAAUUACGAUACAUCUAAGUGAGUGUUUCUGAUUUCGAAUGUGAAUGACGAAACGACGCGCUUGUGACUUUGUUUACAAUCAUUGUGUUCUUUUGUUCGUUCGUUAUAAUGCUAGAUUGUUCGAUUUUAUGUAUGAAAAAGAUCAAUGCAUGCGAGAAGCAGCUUUAACUGUUGGUAACAGCAAAUGAAUGAGAAUAUAUUUGAUUAUAUACGAUGUUGUUAAAGCGUUGAAACUGACAGAAACUAUUAUCUACGAUUAAUGAUGAAUUAAUUAUCAACUUUUAGCUUUGCGUUAUUUGUUGAGCGACUAAAACUAGCGAGCGAUUAACAGAUAUCCACACACAGGCGUAUCUGAAGUGCGCGGAGAAACUAUUUGAGAGAUAACGCAACUAAACACAAAUAAGAACAUAUAAAAUAUUAAGAAAAUGUAUAUGAAUAAUUAUUAUUGUUCGUUGAAUAAGAAUAUACUUGUUUUUAAAAGUU